AUUUAAUCACCUACUUUGAUCAAACAUGACCAAGACAACUACCGCAGCCCUCUAUCCCACCGCCAAGGUGGCCGCCGAGGUGGGAACGUACUCUGAGCGAAAUUCAACUGCAUUGCCAAAGCACCUCGUUGACUAUCAUGACUGGAUAGUGGAAAGCCACCCGGAUUCGGACUACAUGGUGUCGAAUUUGCAAGCACAAAGCCUCGUCUUUUUUGCCAGAGCCUUUGGAGCCAAGCGGAUUCUCGAGAUUGGCUCUUAUGUUGGUUAUUCUGCACUCGUUUGGGCACAUGCCGUUGGCCAAGAUGGCAAAGUGACAGGCCUUGAAUUCUCGGCAGAAUAUGCCAAGAUUGCAAACGACGCUUUUGAGAAGAAUAGCGUGAAGAAUGUGGAAAUCAUCGUGGGAGAUGCACUUCAAACGCUAUCAACUUUGAAGCCCGAGGAGCCGUAUGACUUGAUCUUCAUCGAUGCCCAAAAAUCAGGCUAUCCCAGCUAUCUCAGAGACAUUCUAGCCGGCUCUCAACCUGGUUCAACCACACGGCUCCUUCGCCCCGGCGGCAUCAUCAUUGCAGACAACGUCCUCCGGCGCGCACUGGUAGCUGAUGGGAGUGAGGACAACCCGAACUGGCAAUUGCAGCGACACGUGAAACAUGCCGAAGAUGAUCUUACGGCUCUUCGCAAGUUCAACUCGGCCUUGGCGAACGAUGAACGGCUAGAGGCAUUCCUCAUGCCAGUAUUCGAUGGCGUCGGUUUUGCGAGACUUCUCAAUUAAUUGACACCCAGGCCCUACAUUGUUGCACGAGUACUAUGGAGCCGCCAACGUAGGACCAAACUUGGGGCCCCGGCUGGCAAGCAUCCGGUUGACUCUAGGUAUCAGGGAGCUUCUAUUUAAUCCGCGGAUAUAGACAAAGUUGCCCAAAGAGUGAGCUUCAAUUCAAGAAAUUAGUUCUC